GUCACAAACCGGUGGUACACUCAACCGUGAGGUCCUUUUUUUCGAUAAAAAUAUUUUAAAAAAUAUAAAUUUAAACAAAAAUAUUAAUAUCAAAAAUAAUGGUUGAUAAAAAAAUAUCUAAUUUACAAUAAUUUAUAAAAAUAAUCAAAAUAAAAAUUAGUAUUAUCUGUGUAAAAUAAAUAAUCAAGUUUUUAAAUAUUUAGCUUCAUCAAAAGCGUGAAUAAAGAGUUAAAUUAUAAAGAGUUUUGUCUUUUUUAUUUAUUAAUUUAUUUUUUUUUUUUCAAAAAAAGGAUUCAGUACUUUUUUCAAGAUAAAUUUUUUUUUUUUGUGCUGCUGAUAUUGCUGACAUCAGUAUUUCCAAUUUGGAAAAUUAUUUUUUGCGAAAAGUGUAAAAGUUCAAGUUUAAAUGAUGAUUCUCAUUAGCUUGCUAGUUGCAUCAACACUGAUAAGUAUGACAAAAUCAUCACCCUUAUCGUAUACAGCAUAUCACAAAAGGGAAUUAAAUGAUGAUGCUGAUCAACUUUAUUUACCGUAUUUGAUUAAUGAUCAUAUACUGUCCACUAAUAAGGAUAAUUGGCCUCAAAUUUCAAAAGAAUCAAUGGCAAAUAUAAAAAAUAUAAAAACAUCACUUGGAAGAAUGAAAAAAAGAAUUGGAUCAUUGUCAGUUGUUAAUUCAUUGGAUGUAUUGAGAGAAAGAAUGCUAUUGGAAUUAGCACGUAGAAAGGCAAUGCAAGAUCAAAAACAAAUUGAUGCUAAUCGUCGUUUUUUAAAUAGUGUUGGAAAACGUUCAGUACAAGAUGAUAUGAAUUAUUCAAAAUUUGAGUUAAAUAAUAACGACGACAUAUUUGAUAAUCAAUUGAUGAAUAAUCAGGCCAAAAAUUAUAAUCCAACAAGAAAUCCACUGGAAAGAACAAUUGACUGGUAUAAUGUUGAUGAUGCUGAUGAACAUAAUGAUGACAAUGAACAAUCAAAGAUGGAAACGAACGAGCUUGGUAUAUUGUAACCUCAUUGAACCAGAUAAAAGAUUAAAUACCCAAAACCGAGUAAAAUUUUUUAAUCAUAAAAUUACAACGUCUCAAAGCUAAAAUUAUUUUAGUUUAUUUAAUUUUUAUUUCGAAAGUAUUACUGCUUUAUUUUUAUUUUUUUAUAAUAAAUUAUUACCAAAUUUUUUUUAUACUGAAUUAUAUAUUAUAGUUGACAAAAAAAGAAAGUAUUUAUUAUGUAUUUUUGAAAAAUAAUUUUUUUUAUUUAUUUGAGUAUGACAAAGUGUUUUUUUUUUUUUUAUGAUACUCGGAAAUGUCGUGAUUAUUUAUAAGACAACUGAUAACCAGUAAAAAUAAUUUUUACAAAAAUAAUUUCGACUAAAAAAUCAGUGAUUAAUUUAUAAUAUAUUGACAAAAUUAUCAUCGACACAAUUUGUAGAAAAUAAUUUAAUUAUUAUUGUUGAAUUAUGGAAGUUACAUUUAAAUAUAAUGACAAAUUGAAGAGAAAAAUUAAUAUAAUAUACUGGCUGGCUGGUUUUUAUAGAAACAUUUUUUAAACAAAUGAUAUUUAUUUAUUUAAUUUAUAAUUAAAUUGUUAUAAAUCAAUUACUGUUAACCCUGAGUUUUACUUUCACAUUUACACCAUAAAAAAUUGUUAAACAAAAAGUAUUUUCUUCAAAAAAAAAAUACCCGAUCGAAAAAUAUUAUCUCGCAAGAAAUUUUGUCAAUAUUAUUUUUGUAAAAAUUAUAACAUGGUAUUACCAAAAAAAAAAAAUUUAUUAUCGAUCAUUAGUGUGAUUAACUGUACAAUGUAGAUGAUUUAAAAAAAAAGAUUGUAUAUUUAAUUAAAAACAUAGAAAUUAAAAGAAGAAAAAAUACAUAAAAAAAAAAAACAAAAAUAAGCAAAAAAUAUAUAUAACAACUUGAUAUUUAAAAAGAGUAAAUAAUAUAGAAAAAUUUAAUAACAAAAAUAAAUAAUAACGAGAACCUUAAAGUACACAUGACAAAUAAAACAGUAUUAUAUUUUGUGAUUAUCAUUUUUUUUUUUUUUUUUUUCGAGAGAUAAACUUGAGACACUGUGUAAUAGUAUUUGAAGAAAAUAUAAAAAAAAAAAAAACCUUCAACUUGACAUUCCAGUUGAUGUAUAAUUUUUUCAAGCAAUAGUCGAAUAAAUAUUAGUUUAUUUUUAUGUUUAAUAUACGCAUUAAAUUAAAGAAAAAAUUAAAUGGAAAUAAAUAAAUUUACGCUUUCAAAAAAAUAUACGUACAUCGAUGUUAGACUUUAGACAUAAACAAAAAUAUAUAAAAGAAAGAAGAAAAAAAAACCAUUGUAUAAUUAAUAACAAUAGUUUAAUUAUUAAUAAUUAAUACGAUGAUGAAUUAGGUGCAGUUACUUCAAUCUCUAUUUGUUUUCUUGAAUAUUUAACUUUGUUAUAAAUAUUUUUUUUUUCAACAAUGUAUAAUAAAAAGAAAAAAAAAACC